ACAUAAAAAAUUAAUCAUUUUACUUGCGUUUUUCAAACAAAUACUGGUGACUGGAUGCAAGAAGUUCUGUAUUCAUUUUGCGUGUCGCACAGUACUGCGACACGCUGGACCGGUACCAGCUUGCAGCAGCAGUAAGGUCCUUAAAUUCGUCUUCUGACUCGUCGACGGGAAAUUCGUUGCGGAAAAAGUGUGUGAACAUUGUUGCGGCAUAUGUUUUAUAGCUAUAGAAGGACUCUUUAAUGUAAAUACUGACGUUUUGUCAAGUUUGUUCAAACCAGACUUGACAAAGAUUAGCUUACGUAUCACUUUAUGGAAAAUUCCGUCGAGAACAAACCAUCGGCCAAAAAAACGUAUUCUUGUAAAUGCUUCAAAUUUCGAAAACAAUGAACUGUUCAACGAUCUCUUUAUUGAAUAUCAUUAUUCAAUUCAGAAGGUUUAUGGCUAUGAGCAGUCAAUGCUAUGAGUUUCCUCAAUCUACAUUUUAAGAACUCAUCCAGAUACAUUCUGGAAAAUGCAUGUCUCACUCUCACCUCUAAACGAGUGAUUUAUGGCCCUAUGCAGGCUGUCACACACAGGCGUAUCCAAUAAUCUUCUCUCGUAUCAGAGGAGCUUCCUCUCUGUAGGUGUUUUGGUGGACAGAAGUGCAAUCGAUGGCCACCCGCCAACCGCUGCAGGCAGAGCUGCCUGCUAACAUCAACAAUCGGAGUCUUUCAAUAAAUUCACAAUUCAAUGUAUCUUUCUGCGGAAAAUUAUGGUCAUCUUGGAAGUGCAACGCCUUCUAUUGAACCAUUGACAAUCUGCUCAGUUGUGAUAUUUGUGAGUGAAAAAUUAGGACCACUCCAGAGACAUGUAUCACAGGUUUUCCACCGGUACUAAAAAGUCUAUAUUUUCAUCAGGAAGGCUGUCUUUAUGAGAAAGAUAGCAGGGGGCCAUGGGACGCGGGGGCGGCGCACGGGGCAAGGGGGGGUCGACGUCACUGCCCCGGGCCCGCGAGAGGGCCAACCUCAGCUUCUUCAUAGUGAUUGUGUUCUUCGCCGUCUUCAUGAUCAUUGUCAUCACCGAGAUAUUCCUCAUCGACGAGAGGAGCAGAGGAGGUGGAGUGGGAGGCCUGGGAGGCAUGGGGGGGCAGCUGGCCGGGGGGCGCAGGGGGGGAUCGCGGCGACGGCAGGCCGACUACGACGACGGUCAACCACUGGGGCCCCCUCAGGCAGGCGACGACUACGUGGCCUACCAUCCGGGCCUGGAGGAGGUGGUGGGGGCACUGCGCGGGGUGCUUGAUGAGCAGAAGCAGGGAGGGGGUGGUGGGCGCAUGCGCAGUGAUGGACGCGGGCGCCCGGGCGCACUUGUCCCUCGAGCCGUCGAGACCCUCCUGCCGCCUGCGCCCAACCUCACCGCCUCCCCGGGUGCAUGGCAGAGUGUACCCGGCACUAGGUUUAAGUUUUUUGUAUUCUCCGCCUACUACGACGGUAGAAUGUCAAAGCAGCUGAGGAUAAUUGCUGCGACCAAAACUCGAGUACCGGAGAGGGUCUGGUGCAGAAUGUGGUUUCCUAAUGGGUCGCACUCAGCUUCAGUUCCUGCCAAAGUCAAGGUGAUCAGAGAGAACUGGAACCUGAAGUACAGCGCAUGCUUUAUCCUGUGCCCGGUGCGAGACAACCAGACUGUGCCAAGCUCGGUGUCGAUAGUGAGCAAACUGCGACUGCCGGCCACCAACCACCUCCUCGUGCACAACACUAAGCCCAAGCCGACCGUCUCGCCCCACAUGAGGAUGGCCGUCUGCGUCAAACCGCUGCAUUUCACCUUCAAUCAGACCCUACAGAUGCUGGAGUUCCUGGAGCUGUACCAGUUGCUGGGCAUCAGUCACGUGACAUUCUACAACCACACGAUCGGCGCGAACACGUCGUGCGUGUUGAAGGACUACGAGCGACGUGGCCUGAUCACGAUGCUGCCCUGGAAGCUGGACAUGGUGUCGCAGCGUGAGAUCCGCACCGAGGGCUUGUUCGCAGCACUCAACGACUGCCUCUACCGCAGCAUGUACCACUACACGCACGUUGCCCUCGUCGACAUCGACGAGUUCAUCAUGCCCAAGCACAACGACACGCUCACUGACUUCAUACGGUGGAUGAACACUCACAUGAAUACGAGGUCGACAGGCUCGUACUCGUUCCAGAACGCGUUCUUCUACCUGCAGUGGCCGGACGACAAGGAGACGACGGACAGCGACGACGAAUUCGAGACGAAUCUGAUCACGAUGCGCAAAACGAGACGCCGCUCCAAGCUGCACCCUCACAAGCAGCGCUCCAAGUACAUCUGCCGGCCCGAGUAUGUGGUCGAGGCCGGCAACCAUUUUGUCUGGGAGUUCGUUCCCGGCCACGGCACGCUCAAUGUGCCCGCCGACGCCGCCAUCUUGAAUCACUAUCGGGUGUGUGAGUUCGGUGGCGACGAUUGUGUCAAACUAAUCUCAGUGGUCGACAGAACUGCUUCGCGCUACCGGCAACGGUUGACGGACAACGUGAGGCAACGAUGGAACGAUCUCAAGGACAGGUGUGGACUGCCUGAUGUGAGGCGACCCACACCCAUGCCAGUAGUCAUUAAACAACCACCAAAAACUAUCUCGCAAGCUUCCCACGUCGAUAAAAAAGUGGUCAAGAGUGCUAAGGAAACGUGAUAGCAAUAAUGUGUGUCGUUGCCAAGAAUGCCAAAGUGAAAACUUUACCUGUGCAAUAAAACUACAUUUAUUAAAAGGUCUGCAUGACGUGAAUUUUAAAUUAAAGUUCAUUACAACAAUUUAAGAGUAUAGUAUAAAUAAUUAGUACAAAAUUUAGUAUCAACAGCCUUCAAAAAAAUGAAACUAUCAAAUUUUGUUUAUUAGAAGAACAGCACUCAGGAUUUUUAUUAGAAUCUAUAUUUAAUUGAAAUACGUACAGUACUUGAAAUUUUCAGCAAUCACCACUUUCAGUCAUUGUUACAGAUAGUAUUUUUAAUUGGAAUCCUAUAUUUUUGAACAGAACGCAUCUACUUUACUUACGCCCGGUUACAAGGACACUUAUUAAAUCGAAUAGUCCAUUGAAUCUAUAGGUUUAAUGGUCCAUUAGAUUCAAAAGUGUCCUGGAACCAGGAAUUGAAGUUUGAAAUUAAAAUGAGUUUGCUGUCUACGAUUUAAUGUGAUUUAGAAUCAAGCAUUAAAACAAACACUAAAAGUGGAUUUAAUCAAAUAAUCAAACUUAUAAAAUAUAUUAUUGAACCAUAAAUAUGUUUAAUAGCCUAUAUUGAUGAGCUAUUUUAUCAAUUCUCAACAUAUAUGAUUUGGUAACAGUCAUAACCAAGUAUCAUCAAAUAAUAUAAAAGAAUAUAUGUAAUUUGACAUAUAAGUUACCCGCAAAUUUAUAUUGCAUGUAGUCUUGCUCAAUAUUUUUUCUCAUUGAAAUGAAAUUGUGUAAAUUCUGAAUAGAGCUGUGUACUUGAAACGUUCCAGUAGAAAAAUAUGGUGGGUAAAAUAUCAGCAAUAUAUUAAAAGACUUGAAGCAAUGGGAAUUUGAAACUUUGAAUGUUUCUUAUUGUAGGAUAUGUUCAACAAAAAAUGUUCAAUUCUGCUUCCAAACACUAUUCCGAGAUACAACCCAUAAUUAUGUAAAUUCAGGCUUGGAAGAGGAGUAAGUGAAUAAACAUUGAUACCCUUUAUAGGGAGUAUUACGCUAAGCAUGCUCCCCUUUAUAAAUCAUCAUAAAUUCAUACUUUCAUACAAACCGAAUUAUUAAACUACCUUACAUACUCGGAAGAAUUGAGUGUUCCCAAGUGGGAAUAAUUUGAAUAAGAAAAAAAUUAUUACAAAUGUCCUAUCUUGAUUUCUUAAUCCACUUAUCCGACUUUUGUUGAGCAAAAAAAUUGAAUAAUUAUUGUAUGGUUUAAUAGGAUUUAUUCCUCAUCUGUUAUGAAUCAGAAUGAAACAUCAAUAGGGUCUUACAGAAUGAUAGAAUUAUUAUUGUAAGUGGUAUCUAACAGAAUUUGAUUUACCUCUUGAUAAUAUGGUACUCUUACAUUCCGUUCUAGUAAUAAAUUAAUAUCACAUGGAUUCUAGUCCAAUUUUGUGAGUGAUUGAAGUAACUUGGAUUAAUAUAUGAACAAGACUGGUUAUUUUUUAUAGGAAAUGAUAUAGUACCUUGUUGGUUUUGUGCAAUCUAGUGUAUGUAUGGAUGUACUUUUAUGUAUGAUGUUUUCAAAUAAUGUAAAUAGUAUUGUAAACAAUAUGUUUUUUCAAAGGAUCACAAUAUGAAUUUAGAUCAUCUUGAAAUUCUAUGUUAGAUGAGAACCAAACUUACCAGCAUGAUUUGAAAAAUAAAUUUAUUCUAUUCGA